GCGAAAGAUCUGUGUGUUUCCUUUGCUCCUCCAUUUUCAUUCCCUCUUUUUGUCCUUUCAACGCUUACAAAAUCACAGAAUCCUGAUGCCCAUUUCGUGUUUCUCUUGAUAUAAAGCUGUUGUUCAUCCCUUUUCAUGUUGCUUUUGUUCAUCCAUUUCUGUUUGAAGUGCUCUGCUUAGCUGAGCUGCUGCUUUGUUUUUGGUUUUUGGUUGUUCUUUGGAGUUUGGAUUUGGGUUUUUGUUGGUGGGUUUGAAUCUGUAUGAACUUGUUUCAACUCUGUUGAUUUUGGAUUCAUUUGUUGGUGUUUUUAAUCCAAUGGGUGAAACAGAGUUGGGUUUGGUUCUUAAUCGCAUUUGCAGCGGUAAUCGAUGGUCUUAUGGUGUUUUUUGGAGCUUUGAUCGAAGAAACUCCAUGUUGUUGACUUUGGAAGAUUUUUGGUAUGAAGAGCAAGUGGGGCUGGUGGCCACAAAUAUGCUUCAACAAGUUCACAUGCUUGGUGAAGGAGUCAUUGGCACAGCUGCUUUCACUGGAAAGCACAGAUGGGUUUUUUCAGAUGCUUACGUUGGCGUAUGGAGUUCCGCUAUGUUUCAGGAUAAUUUGGAGUUUGAACAGCAAUUCUUCUGUGGGAUAAAGACUGUUGCAGUAAUUCCCGUUCAACCGUAUGGAGUUCUACAACUCGGCUCUACUCAUAAGAUCUCGGAAAGUUUGGAGUUUUUGGCAGACACAAAGAAGUCGUUGUGUCGAGUACAUGAGGAAACUACUCCGGUGGCUUCGAGCACCGAUAUCUGUCACGUUAACGAGCUUUUCACGUCCAUCGUCUCGUCUACAAAUUCUGAUGACUGGAGUCUCAGUGCCAUGCAUACAAACUUCUCAGGGAAAUCAUAUGCUUCAACUGAUAAACAACCGGUCUACGAUACGUCGUGCUUCAGUAAAAGUAGCGAGAAUUCCGUGUUAACUUCAUCCGAGCCACUGCCAACAUCCGAUGUUCGAGAACAAGAUGCUCAAUAUCCAAGUUACUCAGAUGCUAAUAUGCUCGAAUCUUGUAGAAACGAAACGGAAUAUGGAAACAAUAGCACGAUAUUCACGUCCGUCUCGAGUGGAAUAGGUUCUCUCCCUAUCGACAAUGUUGAACCGUCGUCUCAGUUACUUCCCAUGAAUGAAGGUGAACUUAUAGACAGCAUAACGAGCCUACCCGACUUCUGUGAUGAGCGUCUUACCGAGGAUUUUAUCAUCAAUCUUCCGAACAUCUCGUCCGUGGAUGAUCUAUUUCAAUGGUUUGAUUCUUCACCAGAGAUCGGAACCGAUGGAGUAACUACAGCAUUGAACCAUAGCCUUCCGACUGGAGUUUCGACACUGUCAUCUAAUUUAGUUGAAGCUCGUAAGUUCGAAGACGAUCCGAGCAAAACGUCGGUUGUUUCCGCUCAAAGUCUAAUAACUAAUGGACAAGAUAUGCAGGAUACAAAAGAUAGACUCUUUGAUAGUUUGGGGUUAGCUACAGGAUGUCCAGUGGUCAAAACUUGGGAUAACAUAGUAACCGAAGCUCAUGGCAGCUACUCGAGCGGCUGCAACAGUAUGUCGACGUGCACGUCGAAGUUAGCCACGGGGUCAUUGGAUCUCCCCCGCAAGAGAUUAUUCUGGGAGUUGGGAAUUGAAGAACUUUUGGAUGGUCUAAGUAACACUAGCUCUGCUACUAAAUCAAGUAUUGAGAAUCAUCAAACGAUUGCCUCGAAAAGGUCGAAAAUCGAAAGAUCGUCACUCGACCGUUGCAUCGACGUGAAUCUGACACAACCGUUGUGCACGGUUGACAGUUUCCCGAGUACGAACGAAGCUGUACCGAAGUCACAAGUAAGUUCAUGGAUCGACGACAGCUAUAGCAUCAAUAUUGGAGGCUCCAUCUUAGAACCAUCCCAUAAGAGUGAAGAGGCUGCUAAGACUUUUAAGAAAAGGGCUAGACCGGGUGAGAGUAACCGUCCGAGACCGAAAGAUCGACAACAGAUCCAAGAUCGUAUCAAAGAGUUACGAGGAAUUAUCCCGAGUGGUGCAAAGUGUAGCAUCGACUCGUUGUUGGAUCGAACGAUCAAAUACAUGCUUUUCUUACAAAGCGUGACGAAAUACGCCGAUAAGCUUAAAGAAACUAACGAACCAAAGUUGAUUGACCAAGAGAACGGAGUGGGUAUAAGUGACAAAUGUACGACGGAGAGAGGAGGUGGCGGGGUUACCUGGGCGUUCAAAAUGGGAUCGACGCCAAUGGUUUGCCCAGUUAUAGUCGAAGACCUUAGCUCACCAGGCCAAAUGCUAAUAGAGAUGCUAUGCGAGGAAAGAGGGUUCUUUCUCGAGAUAGCCGAGAUGAUUCGUAGCUAUGGAUUGACGAUUUUGAAAGGGGUGAUGGAAGUUCGAGAGGAGAAGAUAUGGGCUCAGUUUGUGGUCGAGGUGAAGCUAAAUGCUAACCGGAGCGUUACAAGGAUAAACGUGUUCGUAUCGCUUAUGGAGCUUCUGCAACAAGCAAACAUUGGGGGAGCUGAGAUAGCUAAUGAGUCAAGUAAUGUUCCUAUAAUGGAUAGCUUUGACAAGGCCAUAACACAAAGUGGAUAUGCAUAUAUGAAGAGUAGGUAGCAUUUUCAAAGAUCAAAAUUGAUCUUUUUGGUUUAAUAAUUGAAGUAGAAUUAGAGUGUUUCCAAGCAUGUUCUUUGUAUAGAAAAGAGGAUAUUUAAAUGGAUUGUGUUCGAGAUUGUUUGUUUGUUAAUUCUAUAACUAAUAAUAGGUUUUCGG